CCAGGCGCCACGCAGUCGUAUGAGCGCGCUCGCGAUCGUGGCCAACCUCAUCGUGCCGGGCGCAGGCCUCGCAAUUCACUAUUUGCCGCAAAUUGCCACCUUCUUGGCCGGCAUCAACGGCCGCUGCGACCAGCUAUCUCAAAACCAAGCGCACUUUGGCCGUGUCCGGGACCGCCUUCACGAGAUCUUUACGCAGCUCUCAACGAUGGAGGCGCGUGGGCAGCUGCCGUCGCCGGUCGUCGUCAAGCGGUUCCGCGAGCUCCUCGAGGACUUUGACGCGUACUUGACGCACUAUCUGAGCUGCAACUUUGUGACGCGCCUCCUGACACAAGAGAACGUGGCCACCAAGAUUGCAGUCUACCACAACGAAGUCGAUAGUCUUCUCAAGCUACUGGACCUCGCCCAUAUUGCGCAAAUGACCGACUGGCGACUGCAGUACGACGCCGACCAGCGCGAAGAGGUCGCUCGCUGGACCGACCUUGUGGCGACCAACAAACUCGUGCUCGAGGCCUGCAGUGAUGCGAGUGCGCAGCGUGAGACGAUGUUGCGCCUUCUCCACGCGCUCCAGCACGACAAACACACGCAGAGCAGCAGUAGCUUCCAAGCCAAGCUCGUCAAGCAGGCGUUCCAUACACUCCAGCGGCUCUCCAAAAACGUCGUGCUGGGCACCGCAUCGGUGCCGAAUUGGUUUGUGCCACCGGAAGACGUAGCGCUUUCGCCCCAGCCCUUUGCGCGUGGCGCAACGAGCGACGUUUUCCUCGGUGUUUGGCGUCAGCGCACCAAGGUCGUCGUCAAGGUCUAUCGUGCGAGCAGCGAUGACGUCGAGACCGAGCUGUCAUUGUGGGCCUCUCUUCGCCACCCAAAUUUGGUGGCGUUCUAUGGCGGCUGCCACGUCGGUGCCAAGCCGUUUGCACUCUGCGAACAAGCAACCGAUGGCGCGCUCGACGACUACCUCUUGCAUCAUGCCGGCACUGUGGACGAGACGCAGCUCUGGGGCUUUUUGCUCGAUAUUGCGAUCGGACUCGAGUACAUGCACAGCGUCGGCGUCGUGCACGGCGACCUCAAGUGCAACAACAUCCUCGUGUCGGUAUCGCCACUGCGUGCACAGCUUAGCGACUUUGGCUGCGCCUUCAACACCAUCCACCCGCCCGUGCCCACGCGCGUGUCGGCAGCCAUUCGGUGGGUUGCGCCAGAGUGCCUCGUCGAUGCGGCACCGCCAAGCCGAGCGUCGGACGUCUACGCUCUCGGAAUGGUCCUUCUCGAAGCCGUGACGCUCGACAUUCCGUUUAGCGAUGUCAACGACGAUGAAACAGUACGGGGCCGCAUUGCCCGAGGCGAGCUCCCGACGCUCGACGAAACCUCACCGUAUGCCGUGCUGGUUCCGCGGCUGUGUGCGCUGUCGCCGGACGACCGGCUCGACUUGUCGGCGUUCAUCCUCGAAUGCGAGGCGCUGCGAGACGGUCCCGCCAAGACGGUAUCGCCGCGUCCAGAACCGAGCUGGGUGUCGACUGACAUGCCACUUGCCACCUCCACGGCACUACUUGGUACUGCUGAUGACGCAGCACCGUCACCAGCUGCGACGACAACGACAUUGCGAGAAUACGGCUAUGGCAUUGCGGCCGACAAGCCCCGCGACACGAAAGCAGCCAAAAAAGCUAAGCACGCGCGACGUGUCUCGACACGCCGCCUCUCCAUCUCGGACGUCGACGGCAUCGUCGCGUCCCAGGACGUACCGUCGCUUUUGCAGUGGUUGCAGCGACCAACGACGUCCGACAUCAUCCAGGAAAAGCUGCUCACUGCACUCAUGCCACUGGCGCCAGCAUCCGUGGCCGACCACGGCGGCCUCGAGCUCUUGCUCACGCUCGCAGCCAAAGGCAGUACACCGACGAUCAAGGAGCUGUCAACCGCGCUCCUUGGACUAGUUGUGCAGCGCAAUGCUGGCCUCGCCGCCACGGUCCGCGCCCAAGGCGGUGUCGCCAUCUUGCUCAAACUACUCCGUCAAGGAACGUACGGGCAGCGUGCAUUUGCGCUUCGAGCGCUCGCGCACCUCACGUCCAUGGACGACGAGGCGAUUGGCCAAGUCCUCGAUGACACAACGAGCGUCACGAUGGUGCUCGACAUGCUGCGUGUCGGCGGCGACCGGCAGCGCCAAGAUGCCUUAUGCCUCGUGGCCAACGUGUCGGUGCCACCCGCCCAAUCGACCAUGGUACCGGCCCUCGCAGCGCUUCUUCCAUCGGUCGAGUCCAUGGCGUACGACACGCAGCGGCACCUGUUUCGCUGGAUAGCCAACCUGGCCGAUGCCGCUGACGCCGACAGUUGGACGCCGUGCAUCGAGAACGUCGUUGCUCUUGUCGUGACGCAGACUCGGAUUCAUGCCAAGACACCGGAGAUGUCGUCGCUCCUUCUCCAGAGCCUCGGGCUCCUCGCCUUUGCCAAUGACGCGUACGCCGCAACGAUUGUAGAUGCUGGUGCAAUUCCGCUGCUCUGGAAAGCUUAUAGCGCCUGGCCCGACCUCAGAAAUCUGAUCCUCGGCACGCUUGCCAAUGUCGCAACGACCGAAGCCAGUUGUCGCCAAAUCGCACGGCACCGCGGCCUACAAUGGGCGGUCGAGGCCGUCUUGGACCCGGCGCUGGUGACGUCGGCGAUGCACUUGCUGCACAACUUGAGCUUGGAGUCGUCGAUCGUCGAGCACAUGGCCAGUCUCGAUGCUGUCAACGUCACGAUGACGGCACUGUUGAAGCACCCGGAGCUCGGUGGCCUAGGUGCCAAGCUCCUCGCCCAGCUGUCAAUGGCGUCGCCCCGCGAUGCUCUCGCCUCGUCGGGCGCGGUCGCUUGGACACUGGAGCAGCUGCGAACACAACGGGACGUCGAUUUGACGCCGCUGUGGAUCUGCUUGAGCAACGCCGUUGCGGCGUCACCGUGUCUCGACACGUUUGUUCGUCUCGGCGGCGCGCCGCUGCUGAUCAAACGACUCGGCAAAGCCGACGUCAAUCAAGUGGUUCCGAUCCUCCAGCUUGUGCUGCACAUUGCCACGUCACUUGAGACAGUACUGCUGCUCGUUCAGCACGACACGGCACUGUAUACGCUUAUGGGCCUCGUCGAGUCGUCGUCGUCGGAGGUGCAAGUACUCGCGCUCGGCUGCGUCGCACAAAUCACAUACUUUGAACCCACCGUAUUGCGUGCAGUCAAGGGCAGCGGCCUCGGCAUCCUCGCCCCGCUGCUCAAAACAUCGCUGCACCAAGAGCUCGCGCUGCGCAUCAUUAGCCACAUGUCGUUUUGCCCGUCGUUUCACAACCUCCUCACCGUCGAGUACCCCAUCGUGGCCACGCUGCAAAAGCUGACGCGCAACCCAGCGCUUCAUUCGAUAUGCGAUGCGAUCUUAACGCGACUCGAAGUCCCCCUCACAAGCUCGUACAAACCUUCGCUACUACAAGCCUUGGCCAGGAAGUGGCGAAGGGCCAAGCCCGCGUCCAACCAAGAAUCGGACGACGACCAGCGCUUGGUGCGCGCGCUACAACAGGAACGGCCGCGGGGCCUAGUUUUGGUCCGUAUCUACGAUGCCAUUGUGUCCGAUAGCCAACGAGCCGAUGCGUUGAUUGAUGCGGGGCUCCUGGCGCCGCUCGCCCAGCGGCUUCACAGCAAGCGGGAUCGAAGCAUCGCCCUCGACAUUGUGCGGCGGCUGCUCGACGACGCCUCCGAGACGCGCCAGAAAGCGUUGGCGGUCGACAUGAUGAUCAAGCCGCUGAUUGCGAUGGCGAAGGAGCACGACCGGCCCGACGACCGCGACAAUGCGAUCCAGCUCGUCCUUGCACUCGCGGCGCUUUGCAACAUGCAGACGCAAGUGGUCGACGCGAUCUUGCCCCACGACGCACGCAGCAGCAUUGCUCAAAGUCUCUUGACGCAUCCCUCCUCAUAGUGUCAAACAACCGGUUUUGAUUGGUUUUUGGAGUUGAGCCAGGUGCAGUGACGUGGCGGCCGGACAAGCAAGCAAUCGAAUGCUAUUACGUAAGUCGCCUGAAUACUUAUGGCAACAAAAUACAUUGCUGUCGACAAGCCAUGGGU